AUGACAAAUUGCUACAUUUGUGGCAAUGAAGGCACGGAAUGUGCCAACAUUCUGGAAGCAAGAGCUCAGCAUUCUGGCAAAAUGUUAAAGGAACUGAUCGAACCACUUUCCGGCUACAUGAUUGAAAUCCCCGACAUAGUCUGCAACUUUUGCCUCCACAAGCUCAACGACUUUGACAAAUUCUCGCUAAAAGCCGACCAGAUUCAAAGUGAACUCAAAAUGCUCAUGCUCAAUAAAAUUUACAUUAAACAGGAACCAAAGGAGGAGGCAAUGGAUGACGUGUCAAUUGGAAGUUAUGAGACGGAAAUGAAUACAGACAAUGAGGAUGUUACGGAGGUUCUAUCGACAGAUGUAGACACAAAGCCAUCAAAUAUGAGUGCACAUUUCGACUGGAACAGCACAAAGGACAAUGAGGAAUUGAAGAAGAGGAACUUGAGCAUGUUUGGUGACCUUUCAAGUCAUCCAAGAAAGAAAGUAAAAUCAGAAAAAUCUCAAAGAACGACACCAAAAAAGAAGAAAACCAGCGAAGUUUAUCAGUGUACAUUUCCGCCAUGCGACCGCAGAUUUCCAACAAAAACUCGACUGCUUAAUCAUCUCCAACUGCAUUCAACCGACCGACCGUACCAAUGCUCAUUUUGUGGUAAAUUCUACAAGACAAAAGACUGCCUCAGAAGUCAUCAGCGAGUUGUACAUAAGAAUGCUGACUUGAGAGUCAUUUGUGAUACUUGUGGACUAGCUUUUACUAGGAAGCCGUCACUCGAGAGGCAUUAUAAGGCUGCACAUUUGAAGCUUAGAACCUUCAUCUGCACUCUCUGUGGAGCUUCAUACUGCAAUGCAUCAUCACUUCAAGCUCACUCGUUCGUCCACAACAAAGACAACAAAAACUUUGUCUGUGAAAUUUGUGAAGCUCGAUUUCAUACCCGCUCAAAACUCAACAGACACAUGCGAUGUCAUGGAGAGAAGGAAUUCGAGUGUGUCUUAUGCCAUAGAAAGUAUAGCCAAAGGUACAAUUUAACAGCACAUAUGAGACAAGCACAUGAAGAGUAUCAAAUAUUAAAACCUGAGCCGGCUCAGCCAAUUGUUUGUCAAUUAUGUGGGAGGGUGUUUGACAGGCAAAAGACAUUACAGAAGCAUUUAAAAAACGUACACGAGGCUUGUCCUAUUAAUGUUAGUAUGGAAUGA